GACCUGUCACGGAUAUAUACGCAGCACGAAGCGAGCGCCGGACACUUUUUGUGCUUGCUUGCGCUAACGCCGGAUAACUCCGUUCUCUCGAACCCUGACGGUCAACCCAUCUUUAAAAUGCCUGGACGUCCCCUUUGGCAAGUCGCUGGCAAACGCGAAGCUAGCCAGGAAGCCGAAGCUCAACACUGGAUCGAGACCGUCAUCGGGGAAAGAUUCCCUCCAGGCGUGAGCUACGAAAACGCGUUAAGAGAUGGCGUGAUAUUGUGCAAACUCAUGAACAGGCUCCAGCCUGGGCUCAUCUCCAAAGUCAACACCAGCGGCGGGGACUACAAGAUGAUGGACAAUCUCAAUCAGUUCCAGAAGGCCUGCGUCAAAUAUGGCGUCCCCGAUGUUGACCUGUUCCAGGCCGUCGACCUCAUCGAGCGCAAGAACAUCGCUCAGGUGACGAAUACCAUUUUCGCCAUUGGUCGUACGACCUACAAGCACCCAGAAUGGCGCGGUCCUUGGUUGGGUCCCAAACCGGCCGAGGAGAACAAACGCGCCUUCACCGAGGAACAAUUGAGAGCCGGCGAGGGUCUCAUCGGUCUCCAGGCUGGGACGAACAAAGGAGCUACUCAGGCGGGGCAGAGCUUCGGCGCUACGAGGAAAAUCCUCCUGGGAAAGUAAACUUUUCCGCUGUUCAAAACGUAUAUACUCUUCCUCGUUACUCGUAGCCAUCAACGCCGAUGACCAACACCGAAAGCAACGUGGACAUUCACCGAUUGUACCUUUAGUCCUGGUAGUAAGUUCCCUUUAUGGUGGUCGUUCGUCCUCUCCAGUGCUAAAAUGUGAGACAAAAAAAAUGUCGAACCUCCUUCCAUCGUCUGCAUCGGCAAGAGGGCAUCCCAUGUUUCACGCGUUAUUUAUUUCAAGGCGACGGUUUAUUUUUCCGCGUCACUUGUCACGAUUGUACGAAUAAACGCAGGUGUUUAAU